CCGGCCCCUUCCGUGCGCGGGGCGGCGAUGGCGGCGGCGGCGGCAGGCCGGCAGCGGGCCCUGGGCGGUGGCUCGCCCGUGGACUACAUGAGCAUCACCAGCUUCCCGCGGCUGCCCGAGGAGGAGGCUGCCGGCGCGGCCGAGGGCGGCCUCCGCGCCCGGAAGGAGGAGGACGCGUUCCUGGGCGAGCAGGACACGGACCCCGACUCCUUCCUGAAGUCUGCGCGGCUGCAGCGCCUGCCCUCCUCCUCCUCGGAGCUGGGCAGCCAGGACAUGUCCCCGCUGCAGGAGACCAGCAAGGACCCCUUCGCGGGAGACUGCAGCUGCCGGCAGGACGGGCUGACCGUCAUCAUCACCGCCUGCCUCACCUUCGCCGCCGGCGUCACCGUGGCCCUGGUCAUGCAGAUCUACUUCGGGGACCCUCAGAUCUUCCAGCGCGGCGCGGUGGUGACGGACAGUGCCCGCUGCACGGCGCUGGGCAUCCAGGUGCUGACCCAGCAGGGCUCCUCGGUGGACGCCGCCAUCGCCUCCGCCCUCUGCGCCGGCGUCGUCAACCCACACACCUCGGGGCUGGGCGGGGGGGGGGUGAUGCUGGUGCACGACAUCCGGAGGAACAGGAGCUGGGCGAUUGACUUCCGUGAAGCUGCUCCCAUGGGCAUCCUGCUGGAGGAGCACCUGCAGGAGGACUCCAAGCCAGGGCUGCUGGUGGGGGUGCCAGGCACGCUCCGAGGAAUGCAGCAGGCACACCAGUUACACGGCAGGCUCCCAUGGUCCAAGCUGCUGGGCCUGGUGGCUGCAGUCGCCCAGGACGGGUUCAAUGUCACACAUGAUUUGGCCAAAGCCAUCAGCGAGCUGAAGGACCUGAACCACUCGGAGAGGUUCCGGGAGACCUUCCUGCCCGGCGGGCAGCCGCUGCUGCCUGGCACCUUGGUCAGGCGCCCAGACCUCGCCGCUCUGCUGCAGCUGCUGGGGGCAGAAGGGGCAUCAGCUUUCUACAGUGGAAACCUGACCCAGGAGAUCAUCUCUGAGGUCCAGAGCUAUGGAGGAGUCCUGGCUGAGGAAGACUUCCAGAACUACAGUGCCCCAGUAGAGGAUCCCAUCCACACAGUCUAUCGAGGUCAUCUCGUUUUCAGCCCCCCGCCCCCACAUGCAGGUCCUGCACUGGUCACAGCCUUGAACAUCCUGGAGGGCUUCAACAUCACAAGUCAAGCACCCAGGGGGGAUGUCUUGCACUGGCUGGCAGAGACAUUAAAGGUAGCCCUGAGCCUGGCUGGCAGCCUGGCAGGUCCCCCCGAGGAGCUGUCGGUCGGUCCCGCUGCAGAGGGCAUGCUGAGUCAGUCGGAGGCCGUCGCCCUGCGCCAGCUGAUCAACGAGUCCCAGGCCUCGCCCGGGCUGCGCCCGCCCUGCCCCCCGCACGGCGGCACCGCUGCCAGCCAGGUCCUCGUCAUGGGCCCCGACGACUUCAUCGUGGCGGCUGUCAGUUCUUUGAACCGUCCCUUUGGCAGUGGGAUCCUAACACCCUCUGGAGUUCUCCUGAACAGUCAGAUGUUGGACUUCUCCUGGCACAAUCAGACCCUGAACCACUCCAUGCCCAGGCUGCUGCAGCAAAAUCUCCUCCAGCCUGGCAAGCGACCUCUGUCCUUCCUGCUGCCCACCAUCGUGAGGCCCUCCCAGGGGAUGUGUGGGACAUACCUGUGCCUGGGAGCCAACAACGGGGACAGAGCCUUGAGCAGCAUCGUUCAGGUGCUGCUGAAUGUGCUAACGCUGAACAAGAACCUGAGCCAGAGCCUGGCCCUGGGCCGCCUGCACCCAGACCUCCAGUCCAGCACCCUGCAAGUUGACAGUGAGUUUCCUGAAGCAGACAUCGAGCUGCUCGCAGCCAGGGGCCACCAGGUGGACAGAGUGAAGGAGAUCUCCCUGGUUGACGGGGCCAGGAGAACCAACAGCUUCAUCAUCGGCCUGCAGGACCCCAGGAGCCAGGACGCCGCCGGAGCCACGGUCCUGUAGCGCCUCCCGGCGGUGCGCAGUGCCGGGCUCACGGCAGGCAGCCCCACUGCAUGUCCUGAACCGGCCCCUCUGCACCCCCGGGGCAGGAGCACCCCCGCACUGCACAGCAGCCCCACUCCUGCGGCACCAAGGGGCAGCUCUCUGCUCUCUUUCCUUUGCAAAGGAGCUGCGAGCAGCCCAGCCCUGCCUGCGGGAGGGCAGCAGCACAGCUGCCCCUUGGCAGCCUGCAGGAGGGCAGCAGCACAGCUGCCCCUUGGCAGCCCUGCUGACAUCAGGCUUUGAAAGCCCAGUUCUGGCCAGAUCUUAACUUCAGAGGAUCAACCUGAUGCUGACACUGUCACCCUCACCCCCUUCUCUUUCCCAGGGCCAAUCUUUGCCUCUUGAGUAAGCCAGUCCCAGGCUAAUGGAGUGCUUGGGGGGGGCUGCAGGUGGAAUACUGGGGAGUCCUUAACGGCCCCGUGGGGGCAGCUGGUUUGCAGCAGCAGGCAGCCUCCUGUGUCCCUUCCUUUCCUGCACUGAUACAUUCCUUGACCUUUGGUCAGUGUUCUGGAUCAAGUCACUGUGCAGCCUCCCUGCCAGUCUGGUUUUCAAACCAAUGCUUUGCAACUUGGGAGCCCUCCCCCAGCAGUUUUCUUGCAGGGGUUCAGCCUCCUCCCUGGGGCAUGAAGUGCAGUGGUGAUGUGCUUCAGCUUCCCGGCUGGCUUGUGGAGGUUAUCUCAGCAGCACUGCAGGGGCCUGGGCAGGUGCACAGCCCACAGGCUGAAACCACACUGAGGCCGUUUGGGUAGGGUCAGGGCUUUUCUUCCCCUGCCUUGCCUCAGCCUGCUCUGAAGGUCUGCACCUCAGGGAUGGCUGCUUGCUGCAUUCCUGCCUCUGGGUCAGCUCUCUGCCUCCCCAAACUCCCACACCUCCACCUGUAGUCAGCCGAAGCUGAAGAGAGUGAGAGAAAAGCUGCAGAGCAAAGCAGUGCUGAGGUCAUUUUCUGCCUGCAGCAGGUAGUGCAAACUAGAAGAGUCCUCCUGCAUUUGUGCUCUGGAGUGAAGAGCUGAUCCCACAGCUGGCAGCUGCCCCACUCCACUCAGCCCACACUCAGACAUUGCCUUCUCUUUCUAGUAGCAGCUCAGGCUGCUGGGCACAAACCCAGCCUGGGACUGGAGCAUUUCCCAUGCCCAAGCUGCAGCUGCCCCUCGUGGUGCAGGUGAGCUGUGGCUGCUGCACAUCCUGACGGUGUCUGCUUCUGCUUGCCCUGGGCUGUCCUGGCUCCACCACUGCCCCCAGCCCUCCUCCCCAGGGGCCCCAUGGCCCACAUCUCUCUCUAGAGCUCCUCCUAACACUGCUGGCACUGGACACAGGGAGGGUGGGGGUGGGGUGGCCAGGGCUGUGUGGCCUCAGCGUUGCUGCCAGCUGGGCAUCUCAAAGCUUCUGAGGUGGAGCCUGGCACCUUGAGUUGAGGGAGGCCAGAGAAGCUUUUAUGCUCCACUGAAGUGCAGCCACCCACCAGAGAGCAGCCCGGGCAGAGAGGAAAUGCUUCAGCUGAGGGCUAGGGAGGCUGUCUGAGAAUCACAGGAGGAUCUGGGCUGGGAGAGACUUCAGAACUCAGCCAGUCCAAGCCCCUGCACUCAGCAGGGACAUCCUCCACUGGAGCAGGUUGCCCACAGCCCUGUCCAGCCUCACCUGGAACAUCUCCAGGGCUGGGCCUCAAGCACCUCCCUGGGCAACCUGUUGCAGUGCUGCAGCAGCCUCCUGGGGCACAACUUGUUCCUCACAUCCAAUCUCCAUCUGCUCUGCUCUAGCUCUGUGCCACCACACUGCCAACGGGGCUGGGGAUUCCUUCACCCCAGGGCCAUCAGAUCCAUGUCUUCAGCACUGGAGUUGGGCACUGCCCCAGGCCGGAGUGCUUGUCUGAUCUUCCAUGCCUUGCAGCAGGGCUCUGCAGGUUUCAGGGGAAGGGAAGGUUGCAGCUUUGUGCCUGGGCUCUCACUGGUGGAGAUCUGGGAGGGUUGUGGUGUGGCACAGCAGUGCCCUGGCCCUCAGGCACCGGGGUUCACUCUGCACAAAGUAAGUGGCCAAAGCACUGCUGCUUCACUCCUGUGCAUGGAGUAUCACAAACACUGAGAGGUAAAAUCCUUGACUGAAUUCACCAACUCACUGCUGAAGCUGGAAGCUGCUCACCUGGGAGUUCCAGACCCUUUCACUCCAGAAGGGCACUGCUGUGCCCAAAGAUGCCAUUCCACUGCAAUUGUUCAGAACCUUAAGGCAUGUUCUGAAGAGCUCUGCUGGCUCCUGGCCUGUGCUGUGAAAAGGGGAACAGUGGAGGUAGCCCAAGGUGGGACUGUGGCCUCUGGGCCACGGCCAAGAGAAGUAAAGAUGCUGGGAACCGUUUGCCAUUGCCUCUGCUUACAAGCAGCAUCAGCAGGGCACAGGUGUCCUGAAGACAGGCCCCUCGGAUCUGCUGGUGGCUCAGUGCCUCUGGAGCUUGGAGUCCCUCUGAGAGCUGAUGUGAGGUGCCAAGAAAUGCCCAGCGCUGCCCCUGUGCAGGUGCCAGUGAAAUAAAGGCCACGUUCUGGA